CCAGACAGAAUUUUUUGGAGCUCCCACCCUCUCUUAUUUCAGGUCCAAAACCCACUCCGGCGGAGGUUAUCAACUGUAAUUAAACUUGGGGAGGAAACAGGAUUUGUGUGAACCUUAGGCCUCGCCAGUAUAAAAUAGUAACUAAAAUCUGAUUGAGAACUCAGAUUUUAAACGGAGAUACUGCUUAUUCUUCCCCACUGGAAACCUGGUUAAAGGAAAUUAAGGCCUCGCUUAAAGGGGACAGAUAGUAGCAAAGCUAUAAUCUUAAUGAUGAGAGAGAGAGGAGAAAAGGAUGACUAGGGAAAUGGAUUUGCCACUGACUGCACUAUGAACCUUCGAUGCCCUUAAUCCAGCCCGAGGAGGACCCCUUUCCCCCCAGAAAUUACUCAAUGCUGAAACCUUUCAGAGUGACAUUAGAGACAUUGGAAGCACCAUGGAUGGGUUUUAUGAUCAGCAAGUCCCUUUUAUGGUCCCAGGGAAGUCUCGAUCAGAGGAAUGUAGAGGGCGGCCUGUGAUUGACAGAAAGAGGAAGUUUUUGGACACAGAUCUGGCUCAUGAUUCUGAAGAGUUGUUUCAGGAUCUCAGUCAACUUCAAGAGGCUUGGUUAGCUGAAGCACAAGUUCCCGAUGAUGAACAGUUUGUCCCAGAUUUUCAGUCUGAUAACUUGGUGCUUCAUGCCCCACCUCCAACCAAGAUCAAACGGGAGCUGCACAGCCCCUCCUCUGAGCUGUCGUCCUGUAGCCAUGAGCAGGCUCUCGGUGCUAACUACGGAGAAAAGUGCCUCUACAACUAUUGUGCCUAUGAUAGGAAGCCUCCCUCUGGGUUCAAGCCAUUAACCCCUCCUACCACCCCCCUGUCACCCACCCAUCAGAAUUCCCUGUUUCCCCCACCUCAGGCAACUCUGCCCACCUCGGCGCAUGUCCCUGCAGCUGGCCCAGUACAAGGUGUGGGCCCCACCCCCGCCCCUCAUUCGCUUCCAGAACCUGGACCACAGCAGCAAACCUUUGCCGUCCCCCGGCCACCACAUCAGCCCCUGCAGAUGCCAAAGAUGAUGCCUGAAAACCAGUAUCCAUCAGAACAGAGAUUUCAGAGACAACUGUCUGAACCCUGCCACCCCUUCCCUCCUCAGUCAGGAGUUCCUGGAGAUAAUCGCCCCAGUUACCACCGGCAAAUGUCAGAACCCAUUGUCCCUGCAGCUCCUCCACCCCCUCAGGGAUUCAAACAAGAAUACCAUGACCCGCUCUAUGAACAUGGGGUCCCAGGCAUGCCGGGCCCCCCAGCACAUGGGUUCCAGUCACCAAUGGGAAUCAAGCAGGAGCCCCGGGAUUACUGCGUUGAUUCAGAAGUGCCUAACUGCCAGUCGUCCUACAUGAGAGGGGGGUAUUUCUCCAGCAGCCAUGAAGGUUUUUCGUAUGAGAAAGAUCCCCGGUUGUACUUUGACGACACUUGUGUUGUUCCUGAGAGACUGGAAGGCAAAGUCAAACAAGAGCCCACCAUGUAUCGGGAGGGGCCCCCUUACCAGAGGCGAGGUUCCCUUCAGCUAUGGCAGUUCCUGGUCACCCUUCUUGAUGACCCGGCCAAUGCCCACUUCAUUGCCUGGACAGGCCGAGGCAUGGAGUUCAAGCUGAUAGAACCCGAGGAGGUUGCUCGGCGUUGGGGCAUCCAGAAGAACCGGCCAGCCAUGAACUAUGAUAAGCUCAGCCGCUCUCUACGCUAUUACUAUGAGAAGGGCAUCAUGCAGAAGGUGGCUGGGGAGCGAUAUGUCUACAAAUUUGUCUGUGACCCAGAUGCCCUUUUCUCCAUGGCCUUCCCUGACAACCAGCGUCCGUUCCUGAAAGCAGAGUCCGAGUGCCACCUCAAUGAGGAGGAUACCCUGCCCCUGACCCACUUUGAAGACAACACUGCUUACCUCCUGGACAUGGAUCGCUGCAGCAGCCUCCCCUACGCUGAAGGCUUUGCUUACUAGGCUUCUGAGUGGCUGAGCGGCCAAACCCUAGAGCUAGCAGUUCCCAUUCAGGCAAAGGAGGGCAGUGGUUUUGUUUGUGUUUUUGGCUGUUCCUAAAGCUUGCCCUUUGAGUAUUAUCUGGAGAACCCGAGCUGUCUCUGGAUUGGCACCCUUAAAGACAGAUACCUGGCUGGGGAGUGGGAACAGGGAGGGGCAGAAAACCACCAAAAGGCUGGUGUCUCAGCUGUGAUCCUGACAAGGUUUCUGGGAAGAGAUUGAAAUGUGAGCCUCCUUCCCACGGACAAUAUAUGCAAAGCAAUACCUUGUUCAGGUUAGUACCCACAAACUGGGACGGAGUAUGUGACAAUCUGCAUCGAUCAUGGACUACUAAAUGCCUUUACAUAGAAGGGCUCUGAUUUGCACAAUUUAUUGACAAAGAAAUCACAAACCCAUAGAACAGUAGAUAGGCUAAGUUGGGGAGGUUUAAACCAUGAAGAGUUAAAAAUAUAUCUUAAAAUUCAGAGAGCUCUUCAGCUCAAUCUGAAAUGUUUCCCCUUGGUCUAGAAAGGGGGGGGGAAAGUCAGAACAGCUGUUACCCUCUCCAUGGUUCUCGAAUAAUAAACCAUUGCUCCUCUUGGGAACCUUCUGGCCAUGUGGUCACCAAGUAGAACAAGCCCCCUUUCUCUUCCCAGUCACAUGGCUGUGUGUGGAUGGCUUUAAUUUUAGGAGAAGGGUGAUUAACACUUUUGACAGUAUUUUGUUUUUCUUUGAUUCGGGGGAUUGUUUUGUUUUGGUGGUUGUUUUGGAAAAACAGUUUAUAAACUGAUUUUUGUAGUUUUGGUAUUUAAAGCAAAAAAAACAAAACCUUUUGGUAACUGUGCACUGCGUCCUUCAGACAGGGCGGUGCCGAAUUAUGAAGACGCUGCAGCUUGAAAGGGGCUUUGCUGGGGGCUUCCCUUGGCCGUGUACAAGCCCACUUUACUGCCUGCUUUGUGCUUUCUGCACCAGACAGCCUGAUGGAACAUUUGCACCUGAGUUGUACAUUUUUGAGGUGUGCAGGGAAGCCUGGACACACCACUUAGAUUCUAUGUGUAUAGUUCCCAUGUUCUCUAACAUGCCCUCUCUGGAAAGCAUAUGUACAUAAUACAUGUGACGUCCAUUCGAAACCUGGUCACCUGGUGGGAACUCUAGGGUUUCUUUCCUGGGCAUGACCAAUGACAAUUUCCAUUUCAUCAGUUUGUUUUGUUUUCCUUUUGCUUUAAUUCUUGGACUUGAAACCCUGCAUAUGAUUCAAUAGGGUUUGAGACUUACGUGUGACACUGACAGGUAAAACAGUGCUAGCAUUUUAAUUUCCUGCCACCUUUUAAAAAGAAAGUUUAUUCUGAUUGCUGUAUUAUAUUGGAAAAGUUUUAAACAGCCCAGCUAAAGCUAUGUGAAAGUUGAGCUCAAAGUAGAGGAAAAGUUAUUAGAAAGGGGUAGUACUUUGCUGCCUGGUCUGUUGAUGGAAUUCUGUGCUCCCCAUGACUCUUAGCAUAUUAAGAGUGACUGUGCUGGUCUUCAUAUGCAAAGGACAGUGUUGACUCGGGGAGGGUAGAAUUGUGUUUCUAUUGAUGGAGACUCUCGAGUCUCAAACAGUCCCCCUUAUGACCAGCAGCACAUUUGUGAAGAGGUUCACAGGAAUAAGGGCUGCAUUUUAUAGCUGUGGGAACAUAAGGUUUUCCUUUAUUGGAGCUAAUUAGCCCACAAAGGUAUUGAACCUAUAGCUUGGGCCUUAAUUAGCAUUGUAGUCUAAUCAAAGGACUCUUUCCAAACCGUAUUUAUAGCUUUCUAACCUACACAUAGUCUAUACAUAGAUGCAUAUUUUACUCCCAGCUGGCUAGAGAUUUAUUUGUUGUAAAUGCUGUAUAGGAUUUGUUUUUCCUUUCUUUACUUAUCCAGGUUUGGGUUUUUUUGGUUUUUUUUUUUUUUUUUUUGAUGGAUUUAUGCUGUCUUAGCAAGUAUGAAAAUAAUCCUCUGUGGCCUGAGCUCCCAGUCCCCUGCUGUAACUUCAUGGCCUGUGCUGUCACAGGGCAUAGGAUGGCGGCAUCACCGUUGCAUUCCCAUUGGACUCAUGCACCUCCCGAAUGGUUUUGGUUUUUCCGUUGGUUUGUUUUUGUUUUGUUUUUGCUUCUUUUCCAGAGUGUGGACAGUCUACAGUGCAGAAAGGCUUUAACCUGCCAGUUGAUUUGAAAUACUUUCCCCUGCGCAGGGCCGUUUGCAUCCUGCCAAGCUGCGUUAUAUUCUGUACUGUGUACAAUAAAGAAGUUUGCUUUCAGUUUA